AGGAUCACAAAAAGAAAGACCAGCAAAGCCCACGGCAUUUCGCAAGUUUUAUGACAGAGGAGACUUUCCAAUUGCCGUUGAACAUGAUACGAUAGCAAACAAAAUCGCCUGGAAGAUGCACUGAACCUUCGUAACCGGCGCGUCCUCAUCAGCACACUGAAAAUCCUCCAGCACCUGGUGGCAUCAGCUGACAUGGUGGGGGAGGCCUUGGUGCCUUAUUAUCGGCAAAUUCUCCCAGUCCUAAACAUCUUUAAGCAUUUGAAUGGAAAACUUUUCAGGUCAGUGGGAUUCCAGCAAGAGCCACAGUCUUUCCAUGAGGUUAAUUUAGGCGAUGGAAUAGAAUACAGCCAGCAGAAGCGUGAAAAUAUUGGAGUUCUCAUUCAAGAGACACUGGAAGCCUUUGAACGCUACGGUGGAGAAAAUGCUUAUAUAAACAUUAAAUACAUGGUUCCCACUUAUUGGUCGUGCCUUUAAACUGAAUUAUAUUAAACGGGAUGAUUCCAUCUGUGUACUAAAAAAACUGUAUCUGACUCUGUAUGGCAUCUUGUUAGUCAUGCUUUAUUUUCUCUACAGCUGCUAAAAUAGUGGCUUCUGGGGCAUUAGAGUGUUAGCACUAUUGUGAACAAGGCUUUCCAAUACAUAAAUAGUGUCUGUUCCUUUGAUUACAAUGGUGUACUGUGCUUGUUUGUACCCUGAAAGAAUCACUCCUUUAUAACAGAGCUGACUCGAGCAGGAAUCUGAGUUAAACCUUCACUUGUAUAGACAAUAAAACUAUAAUUUUCAUACGCGA